AUGGAAAAACUUGGCCGCUUUGGACUGAACUUCAGGACGACGCUAAUAGCAGUUUCUUGGAUCCCCGUAGUAUUGACCUUCAACGAAAACGUAUGCUAUGUAGCGAAAAUAGAGGGCAUAUCAAUGAGGCCAACUUUAAAUCCCAGUGAUAAUGGACAUACCGAUUGGGUGCUUUUAUGGAAAUGGGGUAUCAAGAAUCCCGCGAAAAUACGACACAAUGAUGUAGUCCUAUUCAAGUCGCCCUCAAAUCCAGAAAGGGUUUACUGCAAACGGGUAAAAGGUGUACAGUACGAUACUAUACAGACGCGCCAUCCUUAUCCUAGAGCACUCGUUACUAUUCCGAAAAGCCACAUCUGGGCCGAAGGCGACAAUGCCUUUCAUACAACAGAUUCAAAUGACUUCGGCCCCAUAUCGACAGGGUUGGUGCUUGGGAAGGCCGUGGCAGUCGUAUGGCCACCUUCGCGAUGGAAUUCGAACUUAAACCAAAGCGUUGGCAGGGGAGACAUAGGUAUAAGGGGACUUGAAAUAUAG